GAAUGAAUCUGAUUGUCAAAUUUGACAUAUUAUGAUCCUUCAAAGUAAUGAUACUACAUUUAUGUUACGCUAGUUUUAUCCAUAAUUACGACCGAUUUCGAUGAGAAGUACUUGUAGAAAAAUUUCUAAGGAUGAGCAAAAGCGGCUCUCGAAAAUUAACCGUCGACUGGACCAAAGAAAUACAUAGUAAGGAUGUUUCAUUCGCCAAACUUCGACAACGGGGUGAUGUAGAACUACGUAUUCAUCACGGGUACAUUCAAAUUGACAAACCUCUGGAAAAAUAUGUUACUGGAAGCUCUUACGAAGGACGACAUGAUUCCUUGGGAUUUGCUGGUUUCGGUACGUAUAAAUAUCCCCACGGAGCAGUGUACCAGGGCUACUUCAAAGACGGUCAGUUUCAUGGAGAUGGGACCAUUACGUACCCCAAAGGACAAGAGCUGGACGGAACGUGGCUAAACGGAAAGUUGUUAAGUUUCGUGUAUCGGUUUGCAGAUGGUUUGGAAUAUCACAGUCAGUGGAAUUACUGCCAGCAACCUGACAGGACUUUUCAAAUCGAGUGUUACCAAGGUCUACAGCCACCACAAAAAGAAUUCCUCACGAAUUCACGAUUUUAUCAAGAUAUACCAGAAAAUUGUUAUGAUACCGGCGAUGGUUAUUAUGAACCUCAAAACAAAUUAAUUUACAAUUUUAAACACAGAGCGAUGAGGGUUUGCCGUCCACAUGAAGAAAAAAUAAUUAGAAAACAUUUCAGACAAAUAGCAGACGAACCUGUUGGGUUCCGUAAAGAUUUAUAUGAGUACUGGGCAUCUGGGAGGAGACGUGAAAUCGAGAAAAUUACGAGAAGGAUGGAAAAGAAUCAUUUAUCAAAAAAUUCUCAAAAAUGAAAAUUCAUUCACUUCGUUUUACUUUUUUCGACACUGACUACUCUGUAAAGUGUUAAUGCCAUUAGUAUUUUAUUGUAUAUUAGUUUGUAAUGGAGUUGGAUCAUAAAGCGCUAUUGUUCAAAUA